GCCAUAUCGAAGCCGAGGAGUUCAUUCGCAUUAGAGAUUCGUCCUCGUACAAGUCUUAAUAUUAAGUCGAUAUCUUAGCAACCAUGCCGCCAAAAGCCAGUGGAAAAGCAGUGAAAAAAGCCGGCAAGGCUCAAAAGACCAUUAGCAAAACUGAUAAGAAGAAGAAGCGUAGGAGGAAAGAAAGCUACGCUAUCUACAUUUACAAAGUCUUGAAACAAGUCCAUCCUGAUACUGGCAUUUCCAGUAAAGCCAUGAGUAUCAUGAAUAGUUUCGUAAACGACGUAUUUGAACGUAUCGCGGCUGAAGCAUCUCGCUUGGCUCAUUACAAUAAACGCUCGACGAUCACAUCUCGUGAAAUUCAAACUGCUGUUCGCUUACUACUUCCUGGUGAGUUGGCGAAACACGCUGUCAGUGAAGGAACUAAAGCUGUUACCAAAUACACCAGCUCCAAACAGAUUAUUGUACACAUUGAAGUGCGAUAUAUGUACUAUUUUUAACGCAAACUUCUGCAUAAAAUUAGUUCCAUCGAAUAUAAAUUACAUACAGGCAUAAAUAUACGUUAAGUACAAAAGUAUUAAUUUGCGAAUAUUUGUUACGAGCUAUGAUAUGUACAUACUAUUCUGAAAUACAAAGUAAAUUCCUAACCCGAUAAAUAUUUCGGUUAUAAAAAGAACAAAUUUUUCUUUCAGAACUCUAUUCCGAUUCAUACCUUCUUCUUUAAUUUUU